AUGGUACUUGUAAGUGUGAAACUAAGGAACGUUGAAACCGAUAACGCUAUGCUUAGAGCAUUCCCAUUUUCUCUUAUGGGUAUGGCCAAGGAGUGGUUUUACAGUCUCCCAACAAGUAGUAUUACUACAUGGAACGGUAUGAAGAAACUCUUUCUUGAGAAGUACUUUAUCACAUCCAAGGUAGCAAAAAUCAGAAAAGAGAUAUGUGGCAUUGUUCAAAUGCCAGGACUCUUAUUAAAUGAUAGGACAAUGAUAGAUGCCGCAAGUGGUGGAGCUUUGGUUGACAAGACACUCGCACAAGCAAGAGCUUUGAUUGAGAAUAUGGCAUCUACUUCUCCGCAAUUUUCCUCUCGAUCAGAAACUCUCUUCAAGAAGGUGAACAAAGUUAGUGAAGUUUCUCACAUGGAACAAAGGAUGUGUAAUAUAGAGAGGAUGAUGCAACAAAUUUCUGCAGUGAUUGUACCAUCGUAUGAAGGAAAUAUGGAGCACGCAAAUGCUAUGUACCAAAAUCAUCAAAGGCCGAGCUACGCCAAUAAGCAAGCUGCGGAGAAUCCUACUUUCAAUCAACAAGGUGGUUACCAAGUAAUGCAAAGACCACAGCAAGAACCUCAAAGCACAAGUGUGGAUGACAAGUUUACUCUUAUGAUGCAAAGUAUGCAAGAGAUUUCUAAGUCAAUGCAAGGCUUCAACCAAUUUCAGCAGAAAUACGAGAUGGCUAUGAGAGAUGCGCAAAACCAAGUUAGUCAAUUGGCUAAUAAUAUUAAUCUACUCAAGGCACAAGUGUCUGGAAAUCUUCCUUCUCAACCGUUGAACCAUAAAGAGAAUGUAAAUGCUAUUGAGCUAAGAAGUGGGAAGCAAGUUAAGCAACCGGCUACAUCACCGGAAACUCAAGAAUCUGUUUUAGAGCAAGAAGAGGACGAAACAGCCCCUAACAAGGCUGAUUUGGUAAUGAAUUCUCACUCUAAACCUCUUGUUUCUACUAAUGUCAUUUCACCCUUUCUUAAUAGGUUUGCAUAG